UUUCAUUUUUCACUGUCUGUGGCUUUGGCAGUGUCUCCUUUUCUUCCACCAAGUGUGUCUUGUCCUCUUCUUCCUCCUCUCAGUAGAUUGUGAACCUCAAAAACCGCCAAGAUGUCUGAGAAAAAGAUGACCUCCAGCCGCAGGCAUCACCUCAAGAGCUUGAUCCUGCAGAUUGCCAUGAACUGGCUCGAGCAGGAGAAAAAGGAAGCGGAAGUGACGAAGACGGCCUACAUGGCAGAGCACUGUCCCGCUCCAGACAUGAGCGGAGACCAGGCUGCCCUGAUGGAAGCCUGCAAGAAGCUUCACGCCAUCAUCGACAAGAUCGAUGAGGAGAGGUAUGACGCUGAGGCCAAAGUGCAAAAGGCCGACAAAGAGAUUGAAGAUCUGAAGAUCAAAGUUGUGGACCUGAUAGGAGUGAAGAAGCCCGCCCUGAAGAAAGUGCGUAUGUCUGCUGACACCAUGCUGCAGGCUCUGCUGGGCUCCAAACACAAGGUGACCAUGGACCUGAGGGCCAACCUGAAGCAGGUCAAGAAAGAGGUCAAGGAGGAGCCUACAGAAGCAGUGGGUGACUGGCGUAAGAACAUUGAGGACAAAGCUGACAGGAAGAAGAUGUUCGAGGCCGCCUAAAUGUGUCGCUGCUCGUUGUUUUUCUGUUUACAUGAACUCCAUGUGUCUUAUAUGUGCCAAGAGACGGUCGCUUUAUGUCACACAGGUCUGAAGAGCAGGCAGCAAAUCUGAGAGGAGUCAGUGGGCGGGGGGUGAAGGUGUCUGAGGGUAUUUAUUUUGCACUUUGUCGUAGUCCGCAGGGAGGGGGGAGGAGGGUGGAUGUUCUCUGCAGGUUCACA